UCUUCAGAAUUGGAAACUAUUAAUAACUAUUUUAUAAAAGAUAUAUUGGAUAAGCCACAAACUACUUUACAGUCUCUUUUAAUUAGUAUAGAAGCUAAAAAUAUAAUUGAAACUUGGAGAAUUUGUUGUAUAGAUGAGCUUUCACAUUUUAUUGUGAUAAAUCAAAAGAAGCAUAAAGGUAAUAUGGAUGAACCUAAAGAGAAUGUUAGUACAGAAAAUUUUAACUCUAAAGAGGAUCAGGAUACUGAAGAAAUAAUUCUAUUACAAGA